AUGCUUACACGCGUGUAUGAGCCCCUGAAUGGGGCCCAGAAUGGCAUCCGCGUGGUGCGGGUUGCUCCUUACAACAGCUUCGGCCGCAAUCCCGUAGUUUGCCAACUUGAGGAAACAACAUGGGAUGCUUGCGAGUACGAAGCCCUGAGCUACUGCUGGGGCAAGCAAAAUGACCAUGCAAUUAUCCAGCUGGGCGGGGAACCGUUCAAGGUCACCAAGGAUUUGGCAGCGGCGCUCGAGCAGCUCUGUCUUCCAGACCGCAUCCGCACCAUUUGGAUUGACGCAAUAUGCAUCAACCAAUUUGACCCAGAAGAGAAGAGCGUACAGGUGAGGAUGAUGGGCAACAUCUAUCGCGCUGCGCAACAGGUCCUUGUUUGGGUCGGCUCUGCACGUGAUGAUACCAAGCUUGCUUUCAAGCAGCUAGAUCGUCUAGCCAACGUCAUUUCUACUCCAUCCAAUGCGGUUGAGGAAAUUUGGGAAGAGCAGGACAUGGGUUCAUGGAUCGAAUGUCUCAACGACCUGAUUCAACGACCUUACUGGAGUCGUGCGUGGACGGUCCAAGAGGUUGUCCUGGCGCGAGAUGUUGUGAUUCAUUGCGGCCCUCAUACGACGUCUUUCUUUAACCUGGCUUCCAUUCUUGUUCAUCCAGCCACUCCCAAAUAUCUGAACGUCACGUACGGACUAUUCAGUUACCUGAAGCAGACCUUCGCUUUGCGGUCACAAAUGUCGCAAGAUCCCGAUAUCGGCCUUUUUGCCUUGGCUUACUCUUUUCGUCACCGCCUCGUUAGCGAGCAACGCGACAAGGUAUACGCAUUCAUCGGGCUUCUAAAUUCGCCGUCGUCUAUGCCGGGAGGCUCGUUCACUAUUGACUAUCGUCAAGACAAACAGGCUCUAUGGAGGUCGCUGUCCAAGGAGACCAUGGCACGCCACCGGACACUUCUGCCACUCGCGAUUGCGGAGCGGGCCAAGACAUUAGAUGCCAGCUGGUGUUUUGACUGGUCUGCACACCCGCAUGACCCAAACCAUUUCCAGGAACAAGGACAACUUUUUUGGGCAGGAGGCUUAGAUGACCCGCGCUACUACCCACUACAGGCCAACACGUUUUCGGCUGCUGGCGGUCUCGAAGCACGCAUCCGCAUCGACCUGGAGGCUUCAAGUGUGAUUGCUGUUGAGGGGUUCACCCACGGGAGGAUUGCUGCUAUCGGUGACAGCGUGAGCUCUUGGACUAUUCCCAUGGGGCGCCCGAACUAUGUGCAGCUGUUCAAGAAAUGGGAAACGCUGGUAGGCGGACCCUGGGAAGAUGAGUCCGAUAUGGACAUGGCGCGCAAGUUUGCGUUGACGGUAACUGGAGGCGCCUGGACUAAUGAGCCACUUGACUGGAGAGCUUGGAACACCAGAGAUUACUCUCAGCGACCCUGGAACUGGCACUACAUAGUGGACCCGGACGGGCUGACGAAGGGUACCGGUAGCGGUGCAGGCUACAGGCAGAGUCGGCACCUUGACGACGAGCGAACUGACCAGGCUGCAAAAUACGCCAAGGUGCGAGAUGACGCCUGCGAAGGAAGGAGGAUGUUUCUCCUGGAUGAUGGUAAGGGCUUUGGCCUCGGCCCAGAGGAUGUGGAAAUUGGCGAUAGAGUGGUAGUUCUCCCAGGCUGCGACGUGCCCCUGGUCAUUCGGAGGAGGAAUUGGAGGCGUUGGAGGCGAAUCUAUGACACGGAAGACAAAGCAAAGCUCUAUGGAAGCACGUGGAAGGUUGUCAUUAUUGAAGCAUUGGAGUCCCCAGCUAUCAUUCAACUUCUAGUCGCCAUGGGCAAUGCACGUUUGGCAACAGCUCCGCCACAGAUAAAGAAAUAUUUUGAGUAA